AUGAACAAUGAGGAUCCUGGCAUUUUAGAAAAGCAAUAUAUAGAUGCGGUGAGUCUUGGUUUAGGCGACAGAGUCUCUUCUGAGGAUGAUGGACGCAAUAUAUGUCUACAGACGGGUGAAGAGUUUUCUGCAGAGUUCUUACGAGAUCGAGUUGCCUUAAGAAGAAUUCCUGCCAUAACUGACACAGACCUGCGUCUGCCAAACUGUUUGGAUGUUAAUAUUAAAGAUAAUAAUCAUCAGAUGGUUUAUGAGGAUCUAAAGCAUGUUCUUGGGCUUAGGAGAUCAGAUUCCGAUAGUCUCCCGGAUUUGUCAGAGAUUACAUUUGCCAGAGGAUGUUUUGCUGAAGGUGACAACAGGACUUAUUCCAAUAAUUUGAACAGAUACCAGCCUGAAUAUAGCGGUUUUAGACAAGCAUCGGGUACAUUUUGUAGACAAAUAUCAGGUAAUUUGUCUGAGCAAAGUGGUAGUGAUCAAAUUAAUUCAGGACCAAACACUCCAUCUAUGUACGGCAUUGACUCUCCUCAUGCAUACCAUCCUUAUGGAUCAGUAUUCUCAAAAGGUUCUUCCUAUAAGAAGAUAAAGUUUCUAUGUAGCUUUGGAGGUAGAAUACUACCAAGACCAAAUGAUGGGAAGCUCAGAUAUGUGGGUGGAGAGACACGGAUAAUAUCAAUCAAGAAGAACAUGGCAUGGGAGGAACUUCUUAGGAAGACUUCUGCUAUCUGCAGUCAAACUCACACUAUCAAGUACCAGCUUCCUGGAGAGGAUCUUGAUGCUCUUAUAUCUGUUUGUUCCAAUGAGGAUCUUCAUCAUAUGAUCGAGGAGUAUGAAGAGCUAGAAAGAGCUGGAGGCUCUCAGCGGCUGAGGAUUUUUCUCAUACCUUCAAAUGAAUCUGAGAGUCCAGGAUCCAAUGAAGCAAUAGUCAAUCAGCAAAGUGAUGCAGAUUAUCAUUAUGUUGUUGCUGUUAAUGGUAUGUUGGAUCCAAGUCCACUAAAGAAUUCCAGUGGGCUGAGUUUGGCAAGCCAUACUAGCCAGUUUGGAAAUGGCUCUGAUUACAACAGUUCGCAUUUCCAUAGAGACUCAUCGACAUCUGCAUUUGCUUCCGAGAUGAAAGAUUGCACCUCUGCAAAUUUGACAGGCCUACUCUCAAAACCCUGUCCUCAAUAUUUUACAGCCCUAGCUGGCAAGUCCUUCAAUCAAAUGCCUCCUUUUUCUCCUGUUUGUGUACAGCCUAAAGAUCCCCAAAAUUCUAAUGUACAGCUAUUUAUGGAUAAACCAUAUAAUGCUAUUAAUGAAAGCUUUGUCACGGAAAAAGUUCCAAGUGACAAUGCUUUAUAUGUAGACAAUACCAAUUAUGUUGAUCCAGUUUCAUACUAUAACAAUCUUGCUCAAGGGCCUACACACGUGAAUUAUCAUCCUAAUAAUCAAUAUAUAAUGGAGUCUGACCAGAUUAGGAGGCCUGGUGAGAAUCUUCAUCUUCAUAGACAGAACAAAUGCAAUGACUUUGUCUCUUCUGCAAUAUGUAAUAUAAAUAAUACGCGUUAUGAGAGGCCUUUACUUACCAAUGAUGGCUCAUAUCAUUUUAACAAUAUUGUCUCUCAUCCCCACGAGUCCACAAGUUUAUUGUCAGAAUCUGAUUUCAGAGAGGGAUCUCGGUACAGAAUGUUGCAUGCACGCUCUGAGUCAACACUUAACGAGAGUGAUGAGAACUAUAAAGUCCACUUGCAAUCUCCCCUCAAUGUAGAGAGGGACAAUUUUCCAUCAUCAACAAAAUUAACUCCUUUAGAAGAAUGUUCAUUACAGCCUGGAGAGAUAUUUGAUAGGAUAGAGCCCUUGACUAAGUAUCAAAAUUUGCCCAUUUAUGGAAUGACUGAUAAUUUUAAGAAAGUAUCAGAAAUUGGUAAAGAGAGCUUGCAACGUGCAGAAAGAAGCAAUGAUUUCUUUGACAAAAAUGUUGGAGCUAUGCCCCCAGAAAAUGCCAGAGAUUUUAAACAUUUACAGUACAUCUACUCCCCGCAUGGUGUUUGCUCAUCUCCAGAUUUACAAAGCAGUGAAUGCAAUGCAUCUUCUUUAUCAUUUGUCUCUUUAGAAUCCAUCAAAAACCCGAGGGGGCAACCACCGGUCCCACCAUUAGACAGAACCACUUCUGAGUUUUCCAUGAGGAGCCGAAAUUCAUCAAUGCAUCGCCAAUAUGCUCUGCCGGUGGCAAAAGACAGUCAACCACUUUUCCCUGGCUCUUUCAAGUCCCAAACUGACAAAGAAUCCUCAUUACCCAUCUCGUAUAUGGACAUAGGUUCUUCCCUGAGAGAGGUUGUUAUCCCUCUUGAAGAUCCUGCGUACUACCUGCACCAAAAGGAAGAAAACACAGUCAUUAAGAAUCAGUCUUCUGAAUAUAUCAAUGAAUUUUGUGUCAACAAGCCAGUGUCUGCUUCCAAGGGAUCAAUGGAUUAUAUUUCUUCAGGCAUCCAGUCGUGCUUAAAAGUUGUCUCAAAUGUAGAUGAAAAGGUUGAAGUUGAACCUACAUCUCCUGAAAAAAGAGGGAUAGAAUGUGAUAGUCCAGAAUCUGAAAGUAAGCAUGCAAAGUCUGAGGGUGGAAACUUCAACGGUGAUAGAGUAAUUGCUGAAACAGAGACUGAAAUUUAUGGUUUACAGAAUAUUGAGAAUGAUGAUCUUGAAGAACUGCAAGAAUUAGGAUCUGGAACCUUUGGGACAGUUUAUCAUGGAAAGUGGAGGGGAACAGAUGUUGCCAUUAAGAGAAUAAAAAGUAGUUGUUUUGCUGGUAGAUUGUCAGAGCAAGAGCGGUUGAUUAAAGAUUUUUGGAGAGAGGCACAGAUUCUGUCAACUCUUCACCAUCCAAAUGUGGUGGCCUUUUAUGGGGUAGUUCCAGAUGGCCCUGGUGGAACAUUGGCAACAGUAACAGAAUACAUGGUGCAUGGAUCACUGAGGAAUGUGCUUAUGAAGAGGGAAAAAGUGCUUGAUCGUCGUAAAAGGCUCCUGAUCACAAUGGAUGCAGCCUUUGGGAUGGAGUAUCUGCAUUUGAAAAAUAUUGUUCAUUUUGAUCUGAAGUGUGAUAAUUUACUUGUUAAUCUGGGUGAUCCUGAACGACCUGUAUGCAAGGUUGGAGAUUUUGGCCUAUCCAGAAUAAAACGUAAUACACUUGUUUCGGGUGGUGUCCGAGGAACCCUUCCAUGGAUGGCACCUGAAUUACUGGAUGGUAACAGCUGUAGGGUAUCUGAGAAGGUUGAUAUUUUCUCAUUUGGCAUUGCAAUGUGGGAAAUCUUGACUGGGGAAGAACCAUAUGCUAACAUGCACUGUGGCGCUAUCAUAGGAGGUAUUGUCAAUAAUACGCUCAGGCCUCCUAUUCCAAAACGAUGUGAUCCCGAGUGGAAAAAACUGAUGGAAGAGUGCUGGAGUCCUGAUCCUGCAGCCAGACCAACCUUCACAGAUAUUAAAAAUAGACUUCGCAACAUCAUUUUUGCUGGAACCAGUUCUGAAGGAAGCGUGAGAAAUCAAACUUCACGCAAGAGCGACAUCGCGCAUUCUUCGCUUUCAAACUUCCUCUCCUCCAAGCAGCAAAAAUCUCCCCAUCUUCCUCAAACGGUUCCGGGGAAAUCGACGCCUUUUCUGUCACCUUUGCGUUUAAGAAGAGGUGAGGAAGGUGGAACUGUCAAAGAAGUUGAAGAGGAGAAAAACAGUGGAAGUGAUGGUAAGGUGAUUUUUGAAAGCUUCAAGCACACUCAAGAGGACAAGAGAGACUUUGUCAGUCAAAUUGGUGUUGGUGAAUUAGAAAACUCAGUUGUGGAUAACAUUCAAGAGUCAAAGAAAAGGAAAACCCCGUUUGAAGGUGGAAAUGAGAGCCAAACUGCACGAAAGCAUGUGGUAGUUCUUGGAGGCGAAUCAAAGUUGAAGCCAAAAAGACAAAUUGAGAAUGAAUCUAGCAACAAAAGGCCCAGGCCUCCUUAUAAUCACUAUGCUAAUGGCCGUGGUUGGUGGGAUUACGAAAUGGAAGGUGUUGAUAAUGAGGAAUUGGGCUUCAAUGAAGUAUGGGAGGGGGUGGGAUCCACCACACUCGGGGGAAUAAUAGAUUGGCAUUGA